AUGAAAGGUAUACCCUACGAAUUAGACGAACAGACAAACGUAACGCCCACAGUCCUUUCAAAGCUUUUCCGUAAACUUCACUUACAACCACAUCACCCUCUUUUCAUCCUGCGUAAGCAAAUCGAAAGUUAUUUCCCUCAUUUUUCCUAUUUCAACACAUUCAAUCCUAUCGUAACAGUCCAACAGAAUUUUGAUGAUUUAGGAUUUCCAAAGGAUCAUCCCGGAAGAAAUAAAACCGAUAGUUAUUACAUUAAUAAACAAAUCAUGUUAAGGACACACACUUCGGCUCAUCAAUUAGAAGUUUUCAGGAAGGGAAAUAAUAAGUUUUUGAUUAGUGCUGACGUUUAUAGAAGGGAUGAAAUUGAUUCUUCUCAUUAUCCCAUCUUUCAUCAAAUGGAAGGCGCUCAAAUUUUUAAUAUGAACAAUGCGGAACAAGAAACUUUGGAUGAUAUAAGAUAUGUAACUUUACUAGAUUCAACUUUAAGUGUAAGAGAAGAAGUUUAUGAUGAUACAAGAAUUUCUGAAAGUAAUCCCACACAAUCAUGUCACCCGUUGGAGCAAGUUGAUCUUAUUAUACGACAUUUAAAAUUCUCUUUAAAUUCUUUAGUAAAAAAAUUAUUUAUGCAUCAUGAUAAAAAUUUAAAAAUUAGGUGGAUUGAUGGGUAUUUUCCGUUUACUAGUCCAAGUUGGGAAAUGGAAAUUUUUUUUAAAGGCAAAUGGUUAGAAAUUUGUGGUUGUGGUGUAAUUAAACAAAACAUUUUAAAUAAUGCUGGUCAAAAUGAUAAGAUUGGCUGGGCAUUUGGAUUAGGAUUGGAACGUAUAGCGAUGGUAUUAUUUGAUAUACCUGAUAUAAGAUUAUUUUGGUCACAAGAUAAAAGGUUUUUGGAUCAAUUUAAUAAUUUUAAUCAUAAUGAAAUUAUAAAAUUUCAACCUUUUUCAAAAUUUCCUUCUUGUAUAAAAGAUAUGAGUUUUUGGUUAGAUAAGAAUCAAGAUUUUCAUGAAAAUAAUUUUUGUGAAAUAAUAAGAAAUGUUGCUGAAGAUUUAGUUGAAGAUGUUAAACUGGUUGAUGAAUUUGUUCAUCCAAAAACGAAAAAAAAAAGUUUAUGUUAUAGAAUUAAUUAUAGAUCUAUGGAUAGAAGUGUUACAAAUGAAGAAAUUAACAAGAUACAAGAAAAAGUUAGAAUAGAUGUUGAAGCAAAAUUGAAUGUUACUUUGCGAUAA